AUGGUGAGGCAGUUGACCCUUUUCCUCAGCACUGUUGCGUUGGCUGCAGCGGACAGUGUUUGGGGUCUGCCAGAUGCACCAACGCAGUCACCCAAGAAGCUUCGGGGCUCUGCCCCGGCUCCCGCACCAUCCGGUGAGGACAUUGUAGCGGGUGCUCAGAAACAGGCCCAGCAGGCACAGGAACAGGCACUUCAGGCUCAACAGGCCAUGCACUUAGCAAAGAAGAUUGCCGCAGAGGAGAAGCAGGCGAAGCAGGCUGAGAGAACUGCAGAGGCACAAAUGGCGAAGGCUUCAGAGGAUGAUGCCAAGGCAAAGAAGGAGCAAGCUGAUCUUGCUGCAGAAAGGCGAAAGGUUGAGAAAGAAAUGGCAUAUGCGCAGAACUUGAAAGCCACUGAGGAGAAGAAGGACGCAGCGAUCCGGGAUGCGAAGUCGAUCGCAGAUGCAGAGAUGGCCAAGGUGCAAGCUCGUGAAAAUCAUUUGGCGAAGGAGGAGAAGAAGAACGUGGCUGAGAGGCAGCAGGCUGAUGAGGAGAUGGCGAGAGCUCAAAAGGAGUCAGAAGCAGCAGAGGAGAAGGCUCGAAAAGCCAAUGCAGAUGUGGAAAAAGCGGAGAAGAUGGACGACGAUGCCCAUCGUACCAAGUCCCAUGCGGAUCGAGAGAUGGAGCGUGCUGAACACCUCAUGGGCAUUGCCAGGAAGAUGCAUAAGGAGGAGUUGGAAGCAAUGGCGGCGGUGCGUCAGAUGGAAGCUGAAGCGAAGCACGACUUGGAAGUGGCUUUCCACGAAAAGGACACGGCCAAACAAGAGGCCAGCACUGUGGGAACCUGA